AUGUCUGAAUGUAGCAUGGGUGUAGGUUUUUCUUUUCUUUAUUUUUGCUGUACCUCCAACUCUUUCCAAGCAACAAUUGUACUGAUUCUUUUAAUUAUGAUUCCUUUGCAUGACAACCCAGUAAGGAUCAAGACACGGCAUCUCACUACUAUCCGAUUGAUGCCAGCUGUGCAAAAGCUGCAAGACUGUGUGCUACUCAGGGAGAGAGCACAUGAACACACAGGAGUCCCAACUCCUUUUCUAAUCUACUCAUUACAUAGGAAAGAGCAGGCGGACAGUAAAAAACAUCUGCUUAGACCUAGAGGUACACCACCAUCCAAACACAAAUGCUGA